AUGUUCUCGAGGAAACGCGUGCUGCUCCGUUCCCCCGUGGUGAGGACCGGUGCUGCGGCUGCGCUGCGGCAUGGGCGCACUGCGCUGGCCGCCACCACCACGGCGGCGUCUGGUGCUUGUUUCGCCGCUGCCGUCCCCGUGCGUUGGGCGUCCUCUCUUGUGAACGGCAACGCCUCGACGCUCACGCAGCAGCGGCGCUUUAUGGAGGGGGCGGACGCUCGCUCCUCCGCGUCGGUGGUCGUCGUCGACGCUGCGGCUGCCUCCAAGGAGCGUGACCGCAUGGCGCGCGAGAUGUUGUCCUGCAACCUCCCCCGCCCUCAGGCCGACGAGCGCACGGUGGUGACGCUGAAGGGACUGGAGUACACCGUGCCCUACACCCUUCGCUACGUGCUAGAGGGGGCGGAGGGGACAAAGGAAGCCGAAGCAAAGGUGGCAAACGUACUCCAAGGCGCCUUUAACAUGGUGGACCAGUACUUGAAUAACUUUAACCCCGAGAGCGAGGUGUCGUUGGUAAACACGCUGCCCGUCGGGGAGAAGCACGUCAUGUCGGAGCACCUGCGGCGUGUGAUGGAGUGCUGUGUGCGGGUGUAUAAGUCAAGCGGCACCUGCUUCGACCCCGCCACGGCCCCACUGGUCGAGCGCCUCCGUUCCAUGAUGAAGGCUGAAAACAAUGCCGACGCCCUAACCCUCACGGAACAGGAGGUGGAGCGCUUUUCACUUCCGCAGAGCUUCGAGAUUGACGCCAAGGAAGGCACCAUUGCCCGCAAGCACGAGCACGCCAAGCUGGACUUGGGCGGAGUAAACAAGGGCUACACCGUGGACUGCGUGGUGGAGGGGCUGAACGCGGCGGGUUUACCAGACGUGAUGUUUGAGUGGGGCGGCGACUGCCGUGCGUCGGGCGUGAACUACCAGCAUCAGCCAUGGGCCGUCGCCAUUUCCCGCCCCCCGUCUGUCGCCGAGGUUGUACAACGCGCCAAGGGGGAGCCGGUGGAGAGUAGUGAAGGUCCCUCUCUGCUGCGCGUCAUGUACCUCAACGACGAGGCCUUGUGCACGAGUGGCGACUACGAGAACGUCGCGUACUGCCCCAAAUACGGCGUCCGCAGCAACAUCUUCGACUGGAAGAAGAAGGGGUUGCUGGAGCCCGUUGAGACCGAGCUGUCCCAGGUCUCCGUGAAGUGCUACAGUGCAAUGUACGCCGAUGCGCUUGCCACGGCGGGCCUCAUCAAACGCGACAUCGCCAAAGUGCGGUAUAUGCUGGAGGAAUGGCGCAACUCGCGGAACCGCGUCACGAACUACACAGCCUACAUCCGUGAGAACGAGCGUGUGGCUCGUAUGUUCGAAAUCGCAACGGAGGACGCCGAGACGCGCAAGAACCGCAUUGCCGGUUCGCUCCCCUCCCGCGUCGUCAUUGUGGGCGGCGGCCUCGCCGGGUUGUCGGCCGCCAUUGAGGCGGCAGCCUGCGGCGCCCAGGUCAUCCUGCUGGAGAAGGAGCCGAAGCUGGGCGGCAACAGCGCCAAGGCGACCUCCGGCAUCAAUGGCUGGGGCACACGCGCGCAGGCGGUGCAGGACGUCCAGGACAGCGGGAAGUACUUUGAACGCGACACGUAUCUCUCCGGCCUCGGCGGCACCACCGACCCGGGCCUUGCGAGCACCCUCUCCAUCAAGAGCGGGGACGCCAUUGCCUGGCUCUCCUCGCUUGGCAUCCCCUUGACGGUGCUCUCGCAGCUCGGCGGGCACAGCCGCAAGCGCACACACCGCGCCCCCGACAAGGCGGACGGGACGCCGGUGCCCAUCGGCUUCACCAUCAUGCGGACGCUGGAGCACCACAUCCGCACGAAGCUCGCCGAUCACGUGACGAUCAUGGAAAACACCGUCGUCACCUCAUUGCUGAAUGAAACCAAAGGCCAACCUGAUGGUGGACGCGAAGUGAAGGUUACAGGUGUGACGUACGUGAAGGCAGGCGAGGAGGCCGCUCCUCCAAUGAAGCUCACCGCGGACGCCGUCAUUCUCGCCACUGGCGGAUUUUCGAACGAUCGCAUGUCGCAAUCACUCCUCCGCGAGUUUGCGCCGCAUCUGUCUGCCUUCCCCACAACCAACGGAACGUGGGCCACGGGUGACGGUGUCAAGCUGGCACGGCGCCUUGGUGCGACGCUUGUGGACAUGGACAAGGUGCAGCUUCACCCGACAGGCCUCAUCGACCCGAAGGACCCUGCCAGUGCAACCAAGUUCCUCGGCCCGGAGGCGCUGCGCGGGUCGGGCGGUGUGCUGCUAAACAAGAGGGGCGAGCGGUUUGUCAAUGAGCUCGAACUCCGCUCCGUGGUCUCCAAGGCGAUCAUGGAUCAGGGUGACGAAUAUCCGGGCUCCAACGGGAGCACCUUUGCCUUCUGCGUGCUCAACGAUGCGGCGGUAAAACUUUUUGGCGUCAAUGCGUUGAACUUCUACGCAAAUACGUUGGGUUUGUUCAAGCGUGUGGAAGAUGUGGAAGGGCUGGCGCAGCUCAUUGGUUGUGAGCUGUCAACCCUGCGGAGGACGCUGGAGGCGUACGAGACUGCCUCCAAGGCCAAGUCUGUGUGUGCGCUUACCGGACGGCUCGUCUACCCGUGCGUGGUGGGCCCGCAGGGACCCUUCUACGUCGCCUUUGUGACGCCGUCGAUCCACUACACGAUGGGCGGCUGCCUCAUCUCGCCUGCGACAGAGAUUCUGCGUGAGCGCCACUCUGCGAACAUUCUCGGGAAUCAAGUCCCCAUUCUUGGCCUGUUUGGCGCGGGUGAGGUGACGGGUGGGGUGCACGGCAGGAACCGACUCGCUGGUAACUCGCUGCUGGAAUGCGUCGUCUUUGGCCGCAUUGCGGGCGAUCGCGCUGCGACGAUUCUGCAGAAACGCUCGCUUGCGCUUUCCAAGGACAAAUGGACGUCGGUCGUCGUGCGUGAAUCCCGCUGUGGUGAACAGUUUGGCACCGGCUCGCGUGUCCUGCGGUUUAACCUCCCCGGCGCCCUGCAGCGGUCUGGGCUGCGCCUCGGCGAGUUCAUUGCCAUCCGCGGCGAGUGGGACGGGCAGAAGCUGGUUGGCUACUACAGCCCCAUCACACUGCCGGACGAGCGGGGCACCAUCUCCAUCCUCGCCCGUGGCAACAAGGGGACGCUGCGGGAGUGGAUUUCCGCCAUGCGUCCUGGGGACUCGGUGGAGAUAAAGGGCUGCGGCGGCCUUCGCAUUGAACACAAUGUGGAGAAGAAGCAAUUUAUGUUCCAAAAACAGCCUAUCCGACAGUUUGCCCUCGUUGCGGGAGGCUCAGGCAUCGCACCGAUGCUGCAGAUUAUUCGCGCUGGGCUGAGCCGCCCCUACGUGGACAAGACCGAGUCCAUUCGUCUGCUGUACGCCGCCGAGGAGUAUGAGGAGUUGACGUACCGCGACACUUUGAACGGGUACGUCAGGGAAUUCCCUGACAAGUUUGCCUUGGAAUUUGUCCUCAACAACCCGCCGGAGGGGUGGACCGGUGGCGUGGGCUUCAUAGACCGCGCGUCCUUGCAGAAGACGCUGCAGCCCCCGUCCAACGACCUCCUUGUUGCCAUCUGCGGCCCCCCGGCAAUGCAGCGUGCGGUGAAGAACGAACUGCUGAUGAUGGGCUACAGCAAGGCGCUCGUGCACACGGUUGACGAUGACAUGGAGUCUGCGUAG